CACCGUGAAUGUAUGAUCGAAUGGACAGCAGCUAUACGCGAAUGCCACCCACACAUCCAACAAGUAAUGGCGCUGUUAGUGCUGGGGAUCAGCAGACGUGUGGUGGUGCAAACUCCCAAAAGGUGCCGCGAAACUUUAAACUCCUUUCUGAUCCGGCUUUGACAAAAGGUGCUUUAAAAUUGUAUCGUUUCGAUGGAGUGGUUCCAAACGACCCCACAUAUCCACCGGUUAUGCCGAGAGAUCCUCGGAAUCCGGUAGUUCGUCUCAGAGCCAGGCCAGUAGAACCAAUGGUGUUGACCGUUCCAAGAUUAAAGAUUGAUGAAAAUUAUGUCGGCAAUCCUCCAGCUAUUGAAGUGACCAUAACUAAUCUCAAUGACAACAUCGAUAAACAGUUUCUCUCCAGAAUGUUGGAAAAAUGUGGGCAAUACGAUGAUAUAACUAUAUACCAUCAUCCUACAACAAAUAAACAUCUUGGAGUGGCCCGCAUUGUCUUUGAAAAUGUAAAGGCAGCGCGAUUAUGUGUUGAGAAAUACGACCAGAAAUCUGUGAUGGGAAAGAUUAUUAGUGUGUUCCAUGAUCCUUUUGGCAAUGUUUGCAAGCAAACCAUUGAUGAUUUGACUUCUACUAAACCCAAAGCACCGCCACCAUCAGCAAUUACAGAAACACAUGUUGCCGAUGUGGCUCAGGCAGCCCUUACAAGUGGAUAUAUUGAUCAUCAUAACCAAGAAUAUGUUCCGCAUGAUGGUUACGAUGUUGGAUAUAAGCAUUCGUAUCGACCGGAACGGGAUUAUGAGAGAUAUUCUCACAAUCGGGACCGAUACGAUGAUGAAAGACCUUAUCGAGAUAAGCGUGGACAGAGGGGUGAUAGCAGGGACAAAUAUACGGUGUCGAGGUAUGACAAAGACAGAUCCCAACAUCAUCAUCACUAUAGCAGUAGGCGGGAUCGAUCGAGGGAGCACAGCCGUGAUCGAAUAAGUGGGGGGCGGCGGGACCGAGAUCGAGACAAAGAAAGAAGUAGAGACUACGACCGGUCAAGGGAACGAGAUAGAGAUAGGCGAGAUCGUGAACGCGAUUAUCGCGAAAGAGAUCGUGAUCGGUCAGAUGAGAGAGAUCGUUCGGACAAAAUACGAGCAUCCGAUAAAUAUGGUUCCUCCAGAUAUGCACGCGAUUAUGGCGAUUCUACUUCAGCUUCAAGCUCGCAUUAUGCAACAUCUAGUAAUGCUGUGUACUACCCUGUCCAAAAUAAUUCUUUGCCACCUUCUUCCUCCCACUUAAUGCCCAAUGCCAUACCUGCAGCAUAUGAUUAUCAUUCAUAUGGGUACAGUGGAGAUAAUCAAACAUCUGCCCAUAUUUGGCAUGGAGGCGGUGUUCGAACAUGGCCAACAUUGCCGAGCCAGCAACAUCUGCCUCAACAACAGCCUCCCCUGCCGCCUCCACCGCCCGAUGCCACGCCCGAUUGGGAUGAACCCGAACCGCCACCUCCAGGAGGAUAUUCGAGCAACGACGAGAACAACAGUCAUUCUGGUCAGAUACAACGAAACAAGAAGGAGUCUGCAUCCGAAAGAAAAUUUUUAGAGACUGAAAGCAAAUCGGAUUUAGCCAAUGAUUCGGGUACAGUGGAUUUGGAUACCCGCAUUGCCCUUAUGUUCAAAGGAAAAUCCUUUGGCAACGCACCGCCUUUUCUUCAGAUGGAUAGUAGUGAUUCAGAAGCAGAAAAAGGAGGCGGGGAUACAAGAACUGAUAUCGAUGAAGGAGAAGUGCACUCCGACUCCAAUGGUAAAGUACCAACAAAACACCCGAGCAAAGCGGACAAAACGGAGGGUAAAUCACAAAAUGUAUCUAAAAAGAUUGGAGUUAUACAACAAGGGGCCAGUGACAUAUCGUCAAGCGAUGACGAAAUUCUUCUUAAUAAAGGAUCGUACAGCCCGAUAGAGCCGGCACAUAAGAAAAAGGAGGUAGAUGGAAUGUCUCUAUCAAGUUUGUCCUCAAACGAAGAUCCUAAACAUGGUAACGAAAAGGGCAAUCAUAGUUCAGUGGUAUUUUCAGCAGUGGGCAGUAAUUCUGCUGUAGCAGCUGUUUCGUAUGUUUAUCCAACAAAUGCGUCAACAAAUCCUUACUAUUAUCCAGGAAACGGUUAUCCUGUAUAUCCUUCAACAGAUAUCGCACCUCCAACUGCUCAGUACUUUCCUAAUCCUGCUUACAUACAAUCGUCGUAUUUACCAGGAAUCGGUCCAGGUUUGUCGGCAUUCGGGUCCGCAACCGGUGCAUAUAGUGAAGGCUACGGUGAUGCGUAUAAAUCAUUUUAUCGUUCCGAUGGCUACACCAAUUAUGUAGGAAAUCACGCAGGAGUAUAUGAAGGAGAUCCCUAUAAGCGGCCCAUAGAAGAGGUAGUAAAAAAAGUGAGCGACGAGCUGAAACAAAUACUAAAGAGGGACUUCAAUAAGAAGAUGAUCGAAAAUACAGCAUUUAAGAACUUCGAAACUUGGUGGGACGAACAAAUGCAAAAAAAUCGUCGCCACAAGAAUGAAGCUGAGAAAAUAACUGAAAAACCGUCCCUAGUCACUACUCUUACAUCAACAAGCAUACCUACGACAACGCGUAUAGAUAAACCACCCGAUAUAAAUCAGUUGAUAAACACUCAUAGAGAUAUAUCGGACUUUAGUUCCAAUUACCCUGCAUUAGGUUUACGAGCUGCGAUUCCCAAAUUGCCGUCCUUUCGCAGAAUACGCAAACAAAAUAGUCCAAAAUCUCAGAAAAUUGAGGAGGAGAAACGCUUGAGUGAUCAGGAAGAGAUGGUGCAAGGCUCGGAUUCCGAGAAAGAGGAUUCCAACCUUAGUUCAGGAACUUUGCAACAGAUUGUAAGUAGAGUAAAGGAAGCCAAAAGCCGCCACGAUUCGGUCAUCAAAAGCAAAUCGAAUGUUGCCCGUACGAAGCGAAAGGGAAGUUCGUCCAGUUUCUUUUCGAGUUCGUCAUCAAGUGAGGGAGAAAAUGAAGAUGAAGAGGAUGAAGAUCGAGAUGAAAGUUCUGGUGAUGGAGAUGAUAGUGCAAGUGACGAUGAUUUGAGUUCUAUUUCGGAUGUUAAUGAAAAAGAAACUAAACGAGAAAAAGACAAAGCAUUAGCAAAUAAAUUGAAUGCACCGAAAAGUAUGAUAUACUCGGAUAGUGAAGAUGACGAUAAGGAUAGUAGGGUGGAAAAAAUACCGAAAGAUGAUUCAAAGGCUUUAGUUUCGGAUCUAGAAGAUAUAAGCAAAGAUACCUCGUUUAGUAUAGAAGAUGAUGUGCAAGAAUCUAAAGAUGACAUAAAAUGUGAGAUUGAUGAAUCCAAGGGAAAUAGUUCGGAGGUUAUCGCCGAUAGCGGACCUCAAGGAAGCGAGAUCUCAAAGGUCGAAAACAAUAUAAAGUCGGAGGGUAAACAGGCCCAGGAACAAAAGAAGUCUGUUUUCGAGUACGAUCGCAUAUAUAGUGAUUCUGAAGAAGAACGUGAAUAUCAAGAGAAACGCCGACGUAAUACCGAAUAUAUGGCUCAAAUUGAACGGGAGUUCCUAGAAGAACAGCAACGUAAAAUGGCAGAGGAAGAGCAAAAUAAGGAAGUAAGAGAAUCUGGACAAGCACCUACCACGCUUACAGAAACAAGUCGGCGACCUUCUGUCACAUCCAAAAAGUCUUUAGAUAUGCCAGACACACCCGAUAUUAAUAAAAUACCUCCCACUCCUGGAGGAAAACUAAUUCAGGAGCCCCUAUUCACUAACACAACAUCAAAGAAAGAUAAACCUGCGGUUAAAAGCAAAAAAGAGAAGAGUGCUUCUAGUAAUAAAGCAAUUGAUAUUAAACCGAGGAAAGAUGCUAAAUCCAAAGCAAGUAAUGACCAAAGUAUAACCGAAGCUACGAAUAAUGAGAGGAAUAAAGAGAUUUGUAUUUAUUCGAAUCUACCAGUAAGCUCUGAGAACAUACUGGCUAUUCCUGCCGAUUCUAAUGGUUAUUCGAAUGAGAAUAACGUGAAAACAAAUCAGUUAGAUCCGGUUCCAGUGUGUGUCAAUGCUUCCGAAGAAGUGACAGAAGAACUACUUGAAAAAGAAACAUUGAUACCACCAAAAUGUUUUAGUCAAGCCGACGAUGAACACGAAGAAAUAAAAAUGUCGCCCGCUUCAUCCGAUGGAGGUUCAAGCCAGGCUAGUCAGGCCAGCCAGGUGGCGCUUGAGCAUUGCUACUCCUUACCUCCACAGGCCGAUAUUACAAAACCAAAGAUGACAUCGACCGGUGAGACUGCAAGAAAAACUCAACAAUAUCUGGCUCAUGACCACGGUGGUUAUACGACGCCACCCUCUACGUCCUCGUGCUUGUUGAGCGAAGGCUCGUCACCACAAAUUGGCUCGCAAGUCGGUCCUGUGGCUAAGCCGGGUCCAGGUAGACCACGAAAGGAUGCUGUUCGAAACAAGAAAAAAGAAGAUCGGGCAUUAAGUAAGAUUGAACAAAAGUCAGACAAUUUUGCCAAUAACAAUCUUAAUAAGGCCAUGGUCAUAUUUGAACCAAGAGAAAUGUUCAAGCCUCGAGAAACUACCGAAGAAAUGAUGGUAUUGUAUGAAUUUUUAACAAGAGGUAUAGAUGCUGAGGACAUACAAUAUAUCCGACGUUGUUACGAAAUUCAUCUACAAGAAGACACCUAUGGGUUUUUGUUAAACAACACUCACUGGGUCGAUCAUUGCGUCACGGACCGAUCUUUUGUACCACCCCCCAAUAAAAAGCGCAAAAAAGACGACGAACUAAAGAUUCAUAAAACAGGUUGUGCCAGAACGGAAGGUUUCUAUAAGUUAGACGUACGCGAUAAAGCCAAACACAAAUAUCACCACGCCAAGGCCAAUGUGGAAAAUGCACAGAACUGGGAUAAAACGGACGACCAACUAGCAAGCCAACAUAACAAACAAGUAUCGAAAAUGCAGGGCAUUUCCCGAGAAGCACGAUCAAAUCAACGUCGUUUACUUACCGCUUUCGGAUCUAUUGGCGAAUCAGAAUUGCUCAAAUUCAAUCAGCUUAAGUUCCGCAAGAAGCAGCUUAAAUUUGCCAAGUCAGCUAUUCAUGACUGGGGCCUGUUUGCUAUGGAGCCGAUUGCGGCCGAUGAAAUGGUAAUCGAAUAUGUUGGUCAGAUGAUUCGACCUAUUGUUGCUGAUCUACGAGAAACCAAGUAUGAAGCCAUUGGUAUUGGUAGUUCAUAUUUGUUCCGUAUAGAUAUGGAGACCAUUAUCGAUGCGACAAAGUGUGGCAACUUGGCACGAUUCAUUAAUCACAGCUGCAACCCCAAUUGUUAUGCGAAAGUCAUCACCAUCGAAUCCGAGAAGAAAAUUGUGAUAUACUCAAAACAACCCAUCGGCAUAAAUGAGGAGAUAACAUAUGAUUACAAAUUCCCCUUGGAGGACGAGAAAAUACCAUGCCUCUGUGGUGCACAAGGCUGCAGAGGGACACUUAAUUAAUUUUCUAUG